AUGGUGCCCCCGGGGAAAAAGCCUGCAGGGGAAACUUCCAAUUCCAAUAAAAAGUGCAAAAGGUAUUUCAAUGAGCACUGGAAGGAGGAGUUCACCUGGCUGGAGUUUGACUAUGAGAGGAAGCUGAUGUUUUGCGCCGAGUGCCGGCAGGCGCUGGUGAAGAACAAGCACGGGAAGGCCGAGAAUGCCUUCACCGUGGGCACCGACAACUUCCAGCGCCAUGCCCUGCUGCGCCACGUCACUUCUGGCGCCCACCGGCAGGCACUGGCCGUGAACUGGGAGCAGCUGGCAUUUGAGAGCCGUGCCCAUGGGCACCACCCGGAGCUGCGCUCGGUCAUCAAGGUGGAAGUGAACCCAGCGAAGGUGGCUGCACUCACUACUGUCUACUGGAUGGCGAAGGAGGAGAUCCCGGAGGAGAAGUUCUCCUCCUUGCUCGACUUCCAGAAGUUCAACCUGUGCCAGGCGCUGCUGGCCCCCGAGCACAGCGACUUCUACCAGCCUGGCAGCGUCGGGGAGAUGCAGGCAGCCAUCGCCAAGGUGCUGCACAACGAGGACAGACACAGGAUCAAGGCCUCACCGUUUGUUGGGCUGGUGGUGGAUGAGACGGUGGACGUCCUGCAGCGCCGCAGCCUCACUGUGUUCACCACCACCGUGUCCCCCUGCAACGGGCAGACUGACGCCACCUUCCUGGGCAGCUUCGAGCUGCCCACCGGGGAGGGCUCCACAGUGGUGGGCAGGGUGGGCGAGGUGGUGCACUCCUGUGGCAUCCCCACCAUGAAGAUCACCUGGCUGAGCGCCAACAGCGCCUCGCUGCUGGCUGAGCGGCCGAGCGGGGUGGGCACCGCGCUGGGCUCCCUCUGCCCGCUGCUGACUGAGCUGCACUGCCUGGCCCAUGGCAGCUCCCUGCUGCCCGCCCAGGGCAUCGGCAGCAUCGAGUACCUCCAGCAGUAUGAGAGCACCCUGGAUGCUGUGUACAGGCUCUCCUCCAGCUUCAGGGGGGAAAGCAGUGGCCUGCAGGAGCUGCGGAGCAUCCUGGACCUCUGUGAGAUAGACCUUGGGAGCCCCAGAGCCAUCCACUGGACUUCUAUCUUCCCAGCUGUGGAAGCCAUCGACUCCUCCUGGCCCACACUGGUGCUGCUCCUGGAGAGCGAGGUGGAGAGGUCGCCUGUGGCACACAGCCUCUGUGAAGAGCUCCGUAAGUUCCAGUUUGUGGCCUUCACCAAGAUCCUCUUGGAUGUCCUUCCCAUCUUCCAGAAACUCAGCCGCUUCUUCCAGAUGGGGGAUGUUGACCUCUCCAUCCUGAAGCCAAUCGUCUCCACCACGGCCACCACCCUGCAGGCCCAGAAGAGCACCAGCGGCCAGAACCUGCAGGAGUUCCUCAGUGAGCUGAAGGAGCACCCGCAGGGUGACCAGGAGGGUGAAAGCCACCUCUGCUACAAGGGCGUGGAGCUGGCCAACUGCUCCAAGGUGCACCUGAAGCACUUUGAGCACCUGAAGGAGACCUACCUGGAAAGCCUGCAGGGCAGCCUGCUGGACAGGUUCCCCAGCAGCGUCCUGGAGGCCAUCAGCUCCUUCUCAGCCAUCUUCAACCCUAAGUGCUACCCUCGGGCUCUGGAGGACAUUGGCAGCUAUGGGGUUGGCGAGCUGAGCUUCCUGCUGCAGGCUUACUCGCGGGUGGUGGUGAGCGAGAGGGCCCUCAGUGACUUCCCCCUCUUCAAGCGCAUCGUCUUCAGUCUCCGGCAGCUCUCCUUCCGGGACCUCUGCGGCAAGCUGGUCUGCGACAGCUCCGAGCUGCAUGAGCUCUUCCCAGACUUUGCCGUGCUGGCUGCCAUCGCCCUGGCACUGCCGCUGGGCUCGGAGCUGUCCCAGAAGCUCAGUAGGGGCCAGGAGCUGCUGUGGCGUGGCCGUGCGCGGCACACAGGGCACCAGAAGCUCUCCGACCUGGUGAAGAUCGCCCUGGACGGGCCGGCCCUCAGCGACUUCGACUUUGCCUUGGCCACCGAGUACUAUGAGAGCAGGAGGGAGUCUGGCUUCAUCGUGGCGCAGGUGAAGUGA